AUGCCAUCCACUGGCCCGCGGCUGAGCCAUGGAUUGAGGCCUCCGCCGCCAGAACGCCGCCCCAGCCACCGAAGCACAGGACCUACUUGUUCUGAUGACAUAAAUGAGUGUGAGAUCUAUGCAGGAUCACCACUAGCAUGCCAGAAUGGAGCAACAUGCACGAACACACAAGGCAGUUACAGUUGUAAAUGUACUCCGGAAUGGUUUGGUCCACAUUGUACUUCCAAAUAUGAUGAUUGUCAAGGUGCCUCCCAAACAAGAUGUGAACAUGGCAUCUGCAUUGAUUUAAACAGAGUUCAGCCAAAUCAGCCUAAGUAUCACUGUAUCUGUGAAGAUGGGUGGAGUCAGCCCUCUAUUGGCUCAGUUUGCAGUUCUGAUAUUGAUGAAUGCAGCCUUCCAUUUCAACCCUGCUCAACAAAUCCUCCAGUAUCAUGCUUAAACUCCCCAGGUUCUUACUCUUGUGAGAACUGCCCAACAGGUUACCAGGGUGAUGGGAAAAUCUGCACCCUGAUUGAUUUAUGCUCCGAGAACAAUGGAGGAUGUCAUUGCUUGGCAUCAUGUACUUGCAAUCCAGCUUGUGGUGGCCAUCUCAAUGAAACCUAUGGUGUUAUAAGUUCACCGGGUUAUCCAGGCAACUACCCACCGAGUACUGAUUGCUACUGGACCAUAUCGGUCAGCCCUAAUUUACUGAUCACUUUUGCAUUUGGACUCCUUCACUUUGGAAGCCAUCAGAAUUGCAGCUCUGCUUACCUAGAGAUUAGAGAUGGUCUGCUCGAUCAAGAUCAUAUCCUUCAAAAGUAUUGUAGCAAUGAAAGCCCUCCCCCCUUGCUGACGCCUGGCCCUAAUGCAUGGAUCCAUUUCCACAAUGACAACAAUGUCAAUGGCCAAGGAUUUCAUGUUGCAUACAUUACGUUACCAGCUGAGCCUGGCUGCGGCGGAAUGUAUGAAGAUAGUGAAGGCAUUCUCACCUCCCCCAAUUGGCCUAAUUCCUAUCCCAGCAGCAGAGAGUGCAUUUAUGUUAUCCAACAGCCCAAAGAGGAGCGCAUCCACCUCCAAUUCACAUACGUGGAGUUGGAAUUCAAUGACAACUGCUCCUUGGACUACAUUGAGGUACGUGAUGGCGAAGCAGAGACAGAUCAUCUAAUUGGCAGAUUCUGUGGUUCCAAAGCCCCAGUACCCAUAACCACGAAAGGCAACAAAUUGUGGCUUAAGUUUAAAACACAUACCUCUGUUGCCAAAAAAGGAUUUGUGGCAGUAUAUAAAGUUGCAUGUGGUGGCAUUCUUCAUGGCAAAGGAGUGAUCCAGUCUCCUUAUUAUCCCAAUCCAUACCCACAUGACAGAAGCUGUGAGUGGGUUAUCACCCAAUCAGAAGGAUAUAUUGUGACCCUCAAGUUAAUCUCCUUUGAUACCGAGAAAGUUGUAAACUGCAGCCAUGACUACAUAGAGAUCAGAGAUGGUGCUGUUGAAGACUCUCCACUCAUUGGGAAAUAUUGUGGUGCAGUACUUCCACCUACAGUAUGGUCAAUGCAGCCGUCCAUGUACAUCAAGUUUAAGAUGGAUUCUAAUGAGGCUAACAAUGGAUUUCAAGCAGAGUAUGAAUCAGCAAAGAAAGGAUGUGGUGAGAUUUUGACACAAUCAGUAGGUACCAUUGCUAGUCCUGAACAUUCUGGAGGAUAUCCACAUGAUGGCAAAUGUAUCUGGUAUAUCUCGGUUCAGGCUGGACAUGUUAUCCAUUUGGCAUUCAUCUCCUUUAACAUGGAUAUCAUGAACUGCAGCAAGGAAUAUGUUGAAGUGUAUGAUAAUCAUGUUAACCAUGGCCGACUAAUAGGAAGAUACUGUGGUUGGUCUGUCCCUCCAUCUCUAACCAGCAGUGGCAACUCAAUGAGCCUGGUUUAUGUGUCUGAUUCAAACGCACCAACAGAGGGAUUCCUGGCAAUGUAUGAUUCCCUUGAUGCUUCAACAGAAUGCAAGGAGGAAUUCUUUGAAUCCACUGGCACAUUUACAUCUCCAAACUAUCCAAAUGGCUAUUCCAUAUUCCAAGAAUGUAUCUACAUAAUUAAUGUGGAAGAGAACAAGCAGAUUCUGCUCAACUUUACUGACUUUAAAGUAGAAGGUUAUCAAGCCUGUACUUCUGCCUAUGUUGAAAUUAGGAAUGGUGAAUAUGAAACAUCUCCUCUGGUUGGGCAGUACUGCGGAGGAAAAGCCCCACCACUCAUCAAGUCCCAAAGUAACAGUCUAUGGAUUAAAUUUAAAUCAGAUAAUAUUUUUGAACACCAUGCAUUUAGCGCUCACUGGAAUGGUACUUCCACAGGCUGUGGUGGAACUCUCACAUCAGCAACUGGUAGUUUUACCUCUCCCAACUAUCCAAUGCCAUAUUCAAACAACGCAGCAUGCUCCUGGCUGAUUCAAACCAAUUCAGGCAGUGUGAUUGAACUACAAUUUGAACAAUUCCAUUUGGAUUCCAGCACUGGAUGUAUUACUGAUCACUUAACUGUUUAUAAUGGAAUCAAUAUAAAUUCUCAGAUUUUGGUUAAAUUGUGUGGCAGUCAAAUGCCAGCAUCAAUUCUGUCUUCCAAAAACAACAUGUACAUAGAACUUCAAACUGAUAGCUCAAUAGCCACAGGGGGAUUUCUUGCUAAAUAUAGACACAUUUGCCAGGGAGGAAUCAUUGUAGAUCAUAGCAAGGGAGUUUUGGAAAGUACAAACUUUCCUCAACCUUAUCCACCGAAACAAGACUGUAACUGGACUAUACAGGCAACAGCUGGGAGCACCAUCAACUACAUCUUUAGUGCCUUUAAUCUGGACUUUAACAGUUGUCAUUUGGCUUGGCUUAAGCUAUAUGAUGGACCUAGUGCCCAGUCUCAUCUUAUUGGCACUUACUGCAGGAAUACUUUGCCACCAUCAGGAACAACCUCUGGCAGCAGCCUGCAUGUGGCAUUUCAUUCGGAGUCGUAUUUUUCAGGGAAUGGAUUCCAGAUGCCGUGGUUCCAGAAUGGUUGUGGUGGAAUUGUUACAGCCCCAACAGGAGAGAUCCACUCACCAAACUACCCAAAUCCUUAUAGGAUUAAUGUGGAUUGUUCUUGGGUCAUCAGUGUUGAUACGCACUACAGCAUCUUCAUUCACUUCUUGGACUUUGAUCUUGCACAUCAGCAAUCAUGUGAUUCUGAAUAUUUAGCCGUUUAUGAUGGUUCAAACGAAGCAUCGCCUUUGUUGAGGAAGCUGUGUGGAAGCAAAGAUCCAGAAGCGAUCACCACCAGUCACAAUGUAGUCUACAUACAUUUCCACUCACUAAACAGUUUUGACCAUAGAGGGUUCAGACUGGGGUUUAAUCAAGUGUGUGGGUCGUAUAUUGUUACUGAUAAUAACGGUGGAGCUAUUACAUCACCUCUAUAUCCCAACAACUAUUCAAACAAUCAGAACUGCACCUGGACAAUUCGAGCCCAGAAACCAUUUAACCAUGUUACAGUCUCAUUCAGCGACUUUGCAAUUGAAAACAGUGGGGCAGGCUGCUCAGCAGAUGUUCUGCAAAUCUUGGACAGAGACAACCAUGGGGCUUCUUCUGUCGGUCGUUAUUGUGGAAGUACUAUCCCUCAUCCCAUCACCUCAUUCAGUGAUACCUUACUUGUCAACUUCAUCUCCAAUGAUGUCCACUCAUCCAGAGGCUUUCGAGCAAUUUAUGCUGCAUCAACGUCAGCAUGUGGCGGGAAGUUUCACAUGGAAUCUGGAGCAUUCAAUAGUCCUAACUAUCCUGAAAAUUAUCCACCCAUCUGUGAAUGCAUCUGGUAUAUCAUCAGCUCCCCUGGUAAUCGUGUCCAAAUCUCCUUCAUAGAGUUUGAUAUUGCAACUGGCAAAAAUUGUUCAUUGGAUUACCUGGAAAUUCGAGAAGGAAAUGCCACCGGGCAGCUGAUUGGACGUUUUUGUGGCACUACCUUACCUGCAAGUUUAACUUCAGUUAUCGGACACAUCCUGUGGGUAAAAUUUGUCUCUGCUUCAUCAUCUCCUCGGCUUGGAUUCAGGGCCGUUUUUUCCCAUUUGUAUGGCAAUGAAAUUGAGGGGAUCCAAGGUCAAAUUUCAUCUCCAUUAUGGCCACUCUAUUACCCACACAAAAUCAACUAUCACUGGACAAUUACUGCUCCGGCAUCCUACAUCAUCCAUGCCAGUGUACAAGAGUUGGACAUUGAUGCGCUUCGCAGAUGCAGAUAUGAUAAGUUAAUGUUCUUUGAUGGUCCUAAUAUUCAUGCACGUCAUAUUGGAACAUACUGUGGCUCCGAACUUCCUCCAGUUAUGUCCUCCACUGGAAACACUCUUACUGUUCAGUUUAUCAGUGACUCCGCUAUCAAUGGAAAGGGUUUCCUGCUGGAAUGGUUUGCAGUGCAACACAUUAAUAACCCAAAUGCAACACCAACUCUCCAACCAGGUUCAUGCGGUGGAGUUGUUGAGACCAGAGAGAGACCAAGCUUCCUUUUCUCACCUGGCUGGCCCGGUAGUUAUGAAACACAUUUGGACUGUUCUUGGAUUAUUUGGGCGCCGCAGAACACAGUGCAACUCAACAUCUUGGCUCUGGAUAUUAAACCAGAUGCUUCGUGUCAGUAUGAUAAACUGGUCAUCAGAGAUGGUGACAAUAACCUCUCUCCAAUACUUGCCACUUUGUGUGGCAGAGAGUUACCUGGAACCCUUCGAUCUACUGGUGAAGCAAUGUUCCUUCGAUUCACAUCUGAUGAAUAUACUAGUGGUGGCGGUUUCAACGCUUCUCAUCACAAGACUUGUGGUAACCAUCUUACUGCUGUACAUGGCGUUAUUACUUCACCCAACUAUCCUCACACAUAUACUCCAAACCUCAGUUGCACCUGGCAUGUGGAUGUUACCAGUGGAUUCAUUAUUGCUGUCCACUUCAAUCAGCCCUUCCAAAUUCAAGGCACUGGAAACGAAUGCACAAGUGGUGAUUAUUUAGAAUUAAGGAAUGGACCUGAUAGGUCUUCCGCCCCUUUGACCUCCCAUGGAAGGAUCGGACGCUAUUGUGGUGAAAACCCUCCAACCACAACGUACACUACAGAAAAUCAACUCUUUGUAUACUUCAUUUCUGAUGGGAUUAAUGAGGGGCAUGGGUUCAACUUCACUUAUGAGGCUUCAAAUCUUGAAUGUGGAGGUGAAUUGACUGCAGUGUCAGGAACUAUCAUCUCUCCAAACUACCCACACUUUUACCCUCACGGUCAUGAAUGUCAAUGGAGAAUUACUGUGCAAGGUGGACGCAGAAUAACGCUAAUCUUCAAUGACCUUCGAUUGGAAAUGCAUGACCAAUGCAACUACGAUUAUGUUAGUAUUUACAAUGGACUUCACCCUAGUUCUCCAAGAUUGCAGAAGUAUUGUGGCAUCAUUGCGAAUGGCACACAAGUCAGAUCAUCUGGAAAUACCAUGCGAGUUGUUUUUGUAACUGACACGUCAACUUCAUAUGGAGGCUUCAAUGCAACCUACACUUCAGAGGAGGACGCAGUUUGUGGUGGUACACUAAUGGGCCCAGAUUCUGGGGACUUUAGUUCUCCCAGUUAUGAUGGCACAUCCAACUACAUAAAUAAUCUUAACUGUGAAUGGGUCAUCCAGAACUCCCACAUUGCAAAUUCUUCAAUUUAUAUUCAGUUUACCAGUUUUCACCUUGGACAAGAUCCAGUUUGCCAACAGGACUACAUUGAACUCCGAGUUGGAGAUUCUAAUGGUGAUUUAGUUGCCAAGCUAUGUGGACAGACUGCUCCUUCACCACUGCUUAUCCCUUUCACACAAAUAUGGGUUCAAUUCAUAUCUGAUUCAUCAGUGCAAGAUCUUGGUUUUGUUGCCAAAUAUAGCUUUACAGAAUGUGGUGGCAUUCAGACCGGGGAGAGUGGAUUCAUUUCAAGCCCCAACUUCCCAUCACCGUACAAUCCUUUGACCCACUGUGCAUGGAUACUGGAGGCCCCAGAAGGACACACGAUAACUCUGAGCUUCAUUCACUUCAACUUAGAGCAUCAUUUAACGUGUGAAGGCAGCUCGGUUACAAUCUUGAAUGGUGGUUCCUUCAACUCCCCGAUCAUCGGCCAAUACUGUGGCCCUGCUCCAGCUGAGGAAAUUAAGUCUGGCUCAAACAAGUUGUUCAUCUUCUUUAAUUCUGACCACAGUGUGCCACAGGGUGGUUUCUAUGCCACCUGGAAAUCAGAUUCGCUAGGUUGUGGUGGCUAUUUUCAUGCAGAAAGUGGUUCUUUCAAAUCACCAAACUGGCCACAGAAUUUUCCAAGUAACAGUGAAUGCACAUGGAGGAUUGUAGGAGAAGAGAGCAAACAUUUUGUGAUCACGUUUGAUGAGAAUUUCCAGGUUCCACAUCACUCUGAGGACUGUGGGAGCAGCUAUGUGAAGAUCUGGGGUGGAAUUUCAGAAACUGAUGAAAGCUUGUUGGCUACUCUUUGUGGAAACACUGCUCCUCCUAGCCCUGUCAUUGCACCAACUAAUGUUGUGUCAGUCCGGUUUCAGUCUAAAGGCAGCACCGGAACUGGCUUCUCCGCAUCUUUCACCAACCGAUGUGGGGCCAAUUUUACUUCUUCUACUGGACGUAUUAUGUCACCGAACUACCCAGAUCACUAUGAUCCAAACCUAAACUGUGAAUACUUGAUCAAUGGUGCCAGUCAUCAGUUUACAAUUCUACAGUUUGAAGCAUUCAGUAUGGAAGAGGGUUUCUAUUGUGCCAAUGAUAACUUGAAGAUAUACAGUGGGAUUAAAGCAAGCAGAUUCUCCUGUUGCUACUCUUUGUGGAUCCGCCAUCCCUGGUCCAAUCAGUACCUACGGCCCAAUGCUAUUGGUCUUCAGUACAGACAAUAUUGAGACACAAACUGGAUUUGUGGCCAACUAUCAUUUAGCCGCCUGCGGUGGUCGAUUCCAUGGAUCAAAUGGCACUGUCAGCAGCCCAAUUUACUCUCACAAUCAGUACAGCAACAUAAACUGUACAUACCACAUCACUGUUGGGGAGAACAUGAUUGUGCAAUUGAU